GUGGCGCUAUUCUAUGUUUUCAUUUUUGUCAUUUAGCAGUCUUCACAAUUCUUCUCGUUCUAAUGUUAUUCCUACAGAGAAGCACGUGGAUUCAUUUAUAAUUUGUUCACCAAGUGUUCAUAUAUUUUUACAUAUUUUUAGUCAUUAAAAGUUGUAAAGCAAAAUGGUUGUAAUAGGAAAGAAAAAGUAUCAAUCCGGAGAAGGAGCACAAUUUAUGUCAAGAAAAGCUGCUUUAAAGAAACUGCAGCUUUCUUUGAAUGAGUUCCGCAGAUUAUGUAUAUUAAAAGGUAUAUACCCUCGGGAACCACGUAAUCGUAGGAGAGCACAAAAGGGUGAACCUGGUAUUAAAAUAUUAUACCACAAAAAAGAUAUUCAAUUUUUGAUACAUGAACCAAUAAUAUGGAAAUUGAGAGAUCAGAAAAUCUUUAAUAGAAAAGUUGCAAAGGCAAGAUCUUUAAAAGAAUAUUCAGAAAUGAAAAGAUAUUUGAGUAAUCAUCCCACUAUAACAGUAGAUCAUAUUGUUAAAGAACGAUAUCCAACAUUUAUCGAUGCACUUAGAGAUCUGGAUGAUUGCUUGACUCUGUGUUUUUUGUUUAGUACUUUCCCAUCUCUUCACCGUAUACCAAGAGAGCAGUCACUGUUAUGUAGAAGAUUAACAGUUGAAUUCUUACAUGCAGUAAUAAAUGCUAAAGCUCUAAGAAAAGUAUUUGUGUCUAUUAAAGGUUAUUACUAUCAAGCUGAAAUUAAAGGCCAAACAAUAACUUGGAUUGUACCCCAUCAUUUCUGUUUUGAGCCCCAAGCAAAAUUAGAUGUCGACUUCAAAAUCAUGUCUACAUUUGUAGAAUUUUAUAUUACAAUGUUAGGUUUUGUUAAUUAUAGACUUUAUCAUACUCUUAAUUUAUAUUAUCCACCAAAACUCACUAAUGCUGAAAACUCUGAAAAGGCACUUGUGGAUGAAGAAGUAUAUGUAUCUGAAAGGAUAGCAGCACUAAAUGUAUCAUUGGUAAAUUUAGAUCCUUCUACCCAAUUUGUAGAAGAUGAAGAAAUGGAAAUGGAUCAAUUUACAAAUGAAGGUGAUGCAACAAAACUAGAAGAAGCUAGGUUGGAGGCAGAAAAGGUUAAAAAGUUAAAAACAUUGUUUAAAGGGUUAAAGAUAUUUUUAAACAGAGAAGUACCAAGAGAGCCUUUAGUUUUUAUUAUACGUUGUUUUGGUGGUGAAGUAUCUUGGGACAAGUUACUUUUUGUUGGAGCAACAUUUGAUGAAACCGACGAAACUAUAACGCAUCAAAUAGUGGAUAGACCUAGUAUGAGUAAACAGUAUAUUUCUAGAUAUUAUGUACAACCACAGUGGAUCUUUGAUUCCGUAAAUGCUAGAGAAUUGUUACCCGUGGAAAAAUAUUUAAUGGGUUGCAUACUCCCACCACAUCUUUCACCAUUUUCGGAUAGUCGUCAAGAUCAGACAUACAUUCCACCGGAAGAACGUGCACUUAUGGAUCUUGAAUUCAAGUUGACUGAUGAUAAAGAGGAAUCUGAAGAGGAGUCAGAAAACGAGAACGAAGAAGAAGAAGAAGGGGAAGAAGAAGAAGAAGAAGAAGAUGAAGACGACGAACAAGAAUCGAAUGAAGAUUCAGACGAAGAAGUUGACAAGCAUGAAGCAGUUAAAAAGGAAGUAGAAAUAGAACUACCGUCAAAGGUGGAAGAUCAGAAGGAACAGAAUCGAUUGCUCAAGAAAAAGCAAAUGAAAGUAAAAACUGGAGAAGUGACGAAGGAAGAUCCAUGGGAGAGACAACGACAAGAGCGACAAGAAUACCGGUUACGUGAACGAAUGGUUAAGAAAAAGCAUAAGAAUUUGUACAGGAGUAUGAUGAAAGGUCGUGAACAGAGAGCUAAAGAAAUAUGGCUUCUUCGUAAGAAGAGGCGCAUUCAUGAUGCUGCAGAGAAACAAAAGCGCAAAGAAGAGCGCAAACAGAAGAAGGCUAAAUCCGCUGAGUAAACAUGGACACAAAAAUAGGAAAAAAUCAAUAAAUGGAAAUUGUGAUAUCUUA